UUCCUUGAAGAAAUAGAAGGUCGGGGAAAGAACAAAGAAAAGAAAGCACGCAAAGGAUUGCACGCUACAUAGACGAAGAUGAAACUGGCAUGGAAGAACAACAGCAAGAAGCGCUCUCUUUCGGCUAUAUCAAAGUUCCCAAACCUCCCCUUCGAGAACCAACAGGACCAACACGAAGACGAAGCUAAUCGUAGCAGCAACACGCAGCUCAACAAGAAGGAGAACGGCGAUGAGGGAUCAGCUUCUCUCGAGUCCUCUGACUCAUCGGAUGCUAAGCAACUUGCCCACUCCUUUCAGGCACAGGGAAAUAAGCUCGCUGAGGACGGAAAAUACCGGGAAGCAUUGGGAAAAUGGGAGGCUGCUCUUACUUUGAUGCCAGAAAGUGCAGUAUUACAUGAACAAAAGGCACAAGUUUUACUUGAAAUUGGAGAUUCAUGGAAUGCUUUGAAGGCUGCCACUCGAGCUACUGAAUUGGAGCCAUCAUGGGCUGAGGCAUGGAUCACUCUUGGCAGAGCACAGUUGAACUUUGGGGAGCCUGAUAGUGCUAUUGAAAGCUUUGAUAAGGCAUCAGCAAUCAAGCCUGGUUAUGGGGAGGCACAACAGGAUAAGCAGACUGCGUUACAUCUUGUAAAGAGGCGAAAGCAGCUUCAUUCAGCAGGCUUGAGUAGUACUCAAAAUCGCUAUGUGGUUGGUGAAUGAUAGGAAACCAGAUUAUUUAGUUGACUGGGCUGUACAGGGUUGCACAAGAACCAAGUUUCUAUUUAUUCACGAGAGUGAUCAAACCCUUGUGUUUGAGAUGAAGAAAUACUUUGCCCUGUUCAUCUACCAGGGAAGAUGAAGGCUAAGGAUAGCCAGGACAAGCUCAUUCCUUCAACUGACACAUUGUUCUUGUAAAGGAUGAUGCGCUAACUUAUGUUAAGACAUGGAGAAAGAGAAACCUAGCUUGUAAACUAGUUCCUUGGGUUGAAACUAACACAGACUAUCACUCACUCUCUCUAUAUAUAUGAAGGUUGAUGUGCUAGAAGGGUUUCCCAUUUUCUGGAGAAAUUCAGAAUC